AUGUCUUUAGCUUUUAUACCAGCAUUAAAACAACUUGUCAAUGUGGGACAAAUAGUUUCCAAUUUGAAAAGUUUCAAUUUCAGCUUAUACGGAAGAUAUAUGGGAUACAUAAAUAUUUUACUUUGUUUUGCGUUUGGUAUUGCUAAUUUAUUUCAUGUCAGCCCAGUAAUCGCAUUUGGUAUAGUAUCUAUUAUCCAAGGUCUGAUUUUAAUAUUUGUGGAAAUUCCAUUUUUAUUGAAGAUUUGUCCCUUAAGUGACAAUUUCAUUAAUAUUAUUAGAAAAUUUGAAACCAAUGGUUAUAGAGUAUUUUUUUAUACUGUUAUGGCCGCUAUUCAAUGGUGUUCUUUGGCAGUUAAAACCACUUCUUUGAUUGUUGUUGCACUUGGAUUAUCUUUUAGCGCUAUUAGCUAUUUUGUUGCCAUUUUGAAGAAACAAGAUUUCCAAGAAGCUAGUAGCCAGCAAGAGGCUGUUAUCAAACAUCCUGUAGAUUUGGCCACGGAUGUUGCUGCUACUAAUAUUGGGGGCAAUGUUGCUUCUAAUGGCAACGCUAAUAAAAACAAUGACGAUCUGUAUUUUGAUCUUGAAAGCGGCCGUGAAAUUGAUCAACAUAAUAUUAUUCCAGAUAGAGAAAUCUUAUGA